AUGGGUGGUGGACCAUCUAAAGACGCUGAUCCUUCAUUUGAAGAGGCCAGAAGAGAGUUCAAAGAGACAGCAGAGCAAUGUACCACUAUACACGAGGCAUUGAAGAAGAGAGAUAAGAAUGCUGCAAAGCUAUUCAAUGAUCCAAAGAGUCUUAACAAGGCAUUGGUAAAGUUCUUACCUGAUAACCAUCCACUUAAUAAUUAUAGUGGGAAGGUGUCGGGAUCAAUGGAGGAUGCAUACCUCAAUUGGUUGGACAGUAAUAAGCCAAACUAUGAUAGUCUUAACAGAGCAAUGUCAAUGAUAAAGUCAAUCAAGGAUGGCAUAACAUCAAGGGAUAAUCUAUUGAUGCAGGUGGAGCAGUCCGACCAGAAGAUCAAGGCGCUGCGCAAGUCGACAUCGGCCGACUUUAGUCGUCUGACCUCUGAGGAGCAGGCCAACAAGGCCAAGAAGCAGGCCUUCCUCACAAAGAACUACAACACAUUGCUGGACGUACAUAACUUCUUCAAGGAAAAGAACCAGCUCUUUGACAUGCCACUCAUGCGCAUCCAAGAGUCACAGAGCACCCUGUACCAGACCAUCUUCAAUGGACUCUAUCAAUGGUCCAACAUACUCCAACAACAGCCACCCUACCACAACCCGAUCGACAAUCUGUUGCCCGAGGGCCCACCCAACUUGGACAACAUUCAGAUCGGCCCUGAUGGCCCUCAGCCAGGCAACAGCCCAGGCCAGGCACCACAACGACCGGCUCGUCUCAACAACAGUAUCAAUCAAACACAGACUCAUCGUCCGUCUCCUCUGCCACCCUCCAUCCCAUCACAGCAAUACUCAUCUCCUCCUCCAGUGCCACCACAUCAGCAGCAGCCUCCAUACUCUCCACCAAUGCAACAGCAGCAGCAGCAACAACAGGCACAACUAUAUCCUCAGCCUGCACCAUACAUGCCAACAAGUCCAACAUAUCCACAGCAGUAUCCUCCAUCGAUGUCACCGUCGGCACCACCAGCCACCUCGAUCUAUCCAACUCCCCAGCAGUACUACGCUCCACAACCAUACCAGCCACAGCAGCAACAGCAGCCGGAUCCAAUGUACCAGCCACCUCCUCCACCAAGACCUCAAUCAUACAAACAGGUGCCAGUCAAUAUCAACUCGAUUGGCAUUGACUCUGAUCAUCAUCAACAGGCUGCCCCACAGUACCAGCAGUAUCAGCAGCCACUUCAACCACAACAACAACCACCAGCAUCACAAGUUCCUCGACCACUUCCGGGCAACAAUCCACCUCGUCCAUUGUCCAGCAACAUGCCUCCUCCAGCCUACCGCAGGAGUUGA